GGUGAUCCCGUACUGGAAUCUGCCCGGCGCCGCCUCGCUUUUCAAGGACCAGAAAGACCACCAGGACAACCUCCUUCUCCUGAACUCCAUGCUGGACGAGCUGAUCCGGAACGCCAUGGCGGAGGCCGAGAAGAACCGGGGCGCGGUGAAGGGGGACAUGUCCAUGAUGCAGUUCCUCGUCCAGACGCGCGGCGAGGACGUCACAGCCCGGCAGCUCCGCGACGACCUUAUGACGCUGCUGGUGGCGGGUCACGAGACCACCGCCGCCCUGCUCACCUGGACCAUGUUCGAGCUGACGAAAGAGGAGAACCUGGACAUCCUGGACGAGCUGAGGAAAGAGAUCUCGGACGUGCUCGGCAACCGCCGGAUCACGUACGCCGACAUCCAGAGGCUGCCGUUCCUGCGGGACUGCCUGGUGGAGACGCUGCGCCUGUACCCGGAACCGCCGCUCCUGAUCCGAAGGUGCGUCGAGGGCGACGACUGCCCCACGGGGCCCACUUGCGGGCAGGAGGAGGGCGCCACCGUGCGGUUCCUGCCCGGCCAGGACAUUUUCAUCUCCACCUGGUCCCUGCAGCGCUCCAAGGAGCUCUGGGGCGAGGACGCGGACAAGUUCAACCCCCGCAGAUGGCGAACCAGCAUCCCUGGCAAGGGCCGCUGGGCUGGGUACAAUCCGGAAAAGGCUGGGCUCUACCCGAACGAGAUGGCGUCGGAUUUCGCCUUCAUGCCGUUCGGAGGUGGGCUCCGGAAGUGCGUCGGGGACCAGUUCGCACUGAUGGAGUCGACCGUGGUCAUGGCGAGCCUGCUGCAGAGGUAUACCUUCCAGUGGGCCGAGCCAAAGGGCACCGCGAUGGACAUGACCACGGGCGCCACCGUGCACACCAAGAACGGCCUCGUCAUGAGGCUGAAGCCGCGCCCCGACUUCGCUCCCGAGCAGGCGGAGUCGGCGGCGGAGGCGAGGAGGACCGUGGAGCAGCAGCUGCGCCGGGCCUACGAGAAGAAGGUCGGCGGCACGGUGGCCCAGCGGCUGGAGCCCGAGGCCC